CUUUAAGGAAUCGAAAUCCUCCCACUUCCUCUUUUCUCUCUCUCUCUCUCUCUCUCUCUCUCUGAUUCUCGUUACUAUUCAUUAACUUUGACCCACUUUGUUUUUUUCUUUCUUUUUGUUAAAGCUUUCUAUCACAUGCAAUUGCAAUUCACAAAAGCACACUUUUUUAUUCUUUAUUUUUCAAAAAUCUAUUACCAAAAUGGAACAACACGCAGAAAAACAACAUUGAAAACUCUGACUGUGACUCUUCCUUAGCACCACAUUCAAAAAAAUUCCCUUUUCUUAUUGUCCUUCAUUUCUUCUGCACAUUCCAAAACUAAACAGACCAACCCACUUUUUUCCCAUCUUCAAAAUUCAUUCUUUGUCUCCAACCCCUUUAUCCGAGAUUCCCCUUUCCCCCUCUUAUUCUUCUGAAUUUUUCAGUUUUUUCUUUUUUUUACUUCACGUGAUUUGGGUUUGUUCUGCAUAAUUUCAAUUCAUUCAAACUUCAUUUAUUUUUAUUCAUUCUUUUAUGUUUUAUGGAUAUUCAAUUGCUUGGUGAUGAUCAAAUAUUUUUGUUCUGAAAGUGUUGUGUAGUGAAAAUCUUAUUGUUUUUUCACGGUUUUAGUGGUUGCUGUUAUGGGUGGUGAGGGUAGAGUUGAAAUUGUGAGUGGCAAAGGGUGCUCGAGAUUGUUUUCAUCUUCAUUCAGAAAUCUUCAUCCAUUGGAGAAAAUGUCUCCUGUUUCAUCCUCUUUGCAACUACCAUCAACUGCUCCUUUUGCUGGUCUUGUUAUAUGCGUUACUGGUUUAUCUAAAGAAGCAAGGAAUCAGGUCAUGGAAGCUACAGAGAGAUUAGGUGGCCAGUAUAGCCCCAAUCUUCAUCCUCAAUGUACCCAUUUGGUGGUUCAGAGCUUUGGUGGACACAAAUUGGAACAUGCGCUGAAGCACGGAGCAAAAAAUGGUCUCUUUGUUGUCACACUGGGCUGGUUUGUCGAUAGUGUCAGGAAAAACGUAAGGUUGACUGAAUCACUUUAUAGUGUGAAGAGUUAUGGGGAUGACAAUAUGCACUUGGAUGAUUUUAGACUGGUUCCUGGGUAUACAAAUGCUGGAAAUUGUCUUCCUGCAAGAAUAUAUGAAACUAAGCAUACUCAUCCUGGGAGAGAUUCUAAUAGAUGUUUGGACUCAACUUUGUCUGGUUGCUCCAUCUAUGUUGAUCCAGGCAUUUCAUCCGAAUUGCGGAACAAGGUUGUUGAGAGUGCUUCAAGCGAAGGUGCGAGUUUUGCGGAACAAUGGUUUGUUGGCUGCAACGUUAGUCAUGUAGUGACUGAAGGGACAUCCAUUCAAAGAUAUCUUGGAUACUCUAGUAACCUCAUUACACCACUGUGGAUUCUCAAAACAGCUAAGGAGAAACAAGUGCAAAGACUUGUUAACAUGUCUGUUGAUUUGGCAAGACAAGUUGGUUUGAAGCUUGAAGACAUUCAUAAUGGCAUUUCGAGGAAGGAAGUAGUAAAGCAAAAAGUCGACGACAAUCUUCACGGCAGCAAAAGUGAAGUUGGUUACAAAGAAAGACAGCAAAUUGUAAAUUCAGCAAAAAAAGGUGUCAGAAGUCGCCGUGGUCGUCGGAUGCAGACUUGUCAGACUCCAAUCCGUCCCAUAACACCUAACAACCUUCUGGACUCUAUCUGCUGGUCAAUAUCAGAGACAACUUCGACUGCUUCGAUUUACACAGAUUCUUUCAGUGCCGAAGAUCCUAACGAAAAUCAUACUUCAAUAUUUUUUGAUGCAAAAGGGGAUGGAAAGGAUUCAGACGCUUCAUUUUCAAACUCCACGCGUACUCUAACAGAAAGUGAGAAAUCUGAGUUGAUAUUUAAAAAUCAUUUUCUCACCAUACUCUUCCCAAUUGACCGGUUUUCCGAGAUAGGCCCUUCUUCAAGAACAUUUUUUAGCCAUGACGGUUUUACAUGUCUGCAGGUGUUAGAUCAUAUCCAUGCAUUUUAUCAGGAGAACAUGUCAAGCCAUGAAAUAGAAUUGGCAAUUCAUACAGAUUCAAGACACGCGGAUAGGCUUCGAUCAAUGUACUCCAGUAAGGAAACAUCAGAGUGUGGGUAUGUGAUGUUCAAACGAAUUGAAUUUUUGGGUAGUCGUACAAGUUUUGAAAUGUUGAAGCGCGUAAGUGGGGAUAACAACUCCAAUGUGUAUGAGUUAGUACUUAGGGCUUAAGGUACAUUAGCAGUUGCAAGUUACAAUAACCUAGUAACUGCCAGCAUCUAUAUUUUACAAGAAUUGUCUCUGUAACAUUAAGAUACUAGUGUGUAGUGUGGCCAAAAUGGGCCUGUGAAUACAAGAAAUGGGAGUUUGGCAAUUUGGAAAAACUAGGAGCGCCACUUUUCUUGCCUCCUUGCUUCUAAAAAAUCUUAAUAUUUUUAGGAGUGUACUUUCUGACAGUAUAAAUGGUCUGGAAGUGUACAUUCGAAUGACACAAAAUCAAUGUUUUAUUGGAUGUGUAUAUUCGAACUUAUGUUCGAGGACGGGAAAAGUUUUUCCCAAAAAAUAGAUGGUUGUUGUGCACUGAGUUGAUUAAUGCAUGAUUGUAUUGUAAUUUUGGUUAGGAUUAGAGGGAGGGAAAACAAGGUUCUCUAUAAAAACGUGGAAACUUGCAUAUCAAGUUAUCAACUACACACCAAGUAUUGGAAAGGGUUUUUCAUUCCCAUUUUUCUUCAA